AUGCGGAAACGCAUCUCUUUCGUUGGGUGCAUGACGCGGCUCUACUUCUUCAGCUCCCUGGUGUGCACCGAGCGUGUGCUUCUGGCCUGCAUGGCUUACGACCGCUACGUGGCCAUCUGCCGCCCGCUGUGCUACCACAUCCUCGUGACCCCGGGGCUGUGCCUCCAGCUGGUGGGCUUCUCCUUUGUGAGCGGCUUCACCAUCUCCAUGAUCAGCGUCACGUUCUGCGGCUCCAACGUCUUGAACCACUUCUUCUGUGACAUUUCCCCCAUCCUCAAGCUGGCCUGCACGGACUUCUCCACUGCAGAGCUGGUGGAUUUCAUCCUGGCCUUCAUCAUCCUGUGUUUGCUCCUGGCCACCGUGCUGUCAUAUGGGCACAUCACCCUGGCUGUCCUGCGCAUCCCCUCGGCCACCGGCCGCUGGAGAGCCUUCUCCACCUGCACCUCUCACCUCACCGUGGUCACUGUCUUCUACAUGGCUAUGAUUUUCAUGUAUGUCCGGCCCCAGGCCAUUGAUUCCCGGAGCUCCAACAAGCUCAUCUCUGCCAUGUACACUGUUGUCACACCAAUAAUUAACCCUCUGAUCUACUGCCUUAGGAACAAGGAAUUUAAGGACGCCUUGAAAAAGGCCUUGGGCUUGGGUCAAACUUCACACUAAGACAACUAAAUGUCCUAGAGUAAAAUCUGUAGUCACGAAACAACAUUGUAUAUGGCACUUUGUGCUCUUUAAAUUAAUUUUUAAGUUAAAUUUAACAAACCUACAGAACUAAAUGAAAUUUAACAAACCUACACAACUGUGCACAAGUAACAAGCCUUCGUCUGCAUGUUUUCACAAAAGGACCGUGCUCAUGGAACCAGCUCCCAGAUCAAGAACUAGAAGCUGCCUUCACGCCCUCUCCCAGUCAUUAACCCUCCUCCACAAAAAGCACUAUCCUGACUUCCAAAACCAGAUGCUAGCAUUGGUGUUUUUGAGGGGCUUAUGCAGAAAGUAUGUACCUUGUUACGUUCCGCUUCUUUCAUUCACCGUGCUGCUUGAGUGAAUCCUUGAUGUUUUUGCAACUAACAAUAAUUCAUGCAUUCUCAUUGCUGUCCAAUAUUCAUAAUAAAUAAUACAUUUAUACUGUAUAAUACACCA